AUGCGAAAAAAUUAUUUUUUAAAUACUCCACCUAAAGAUUAUGAAUUCCUUGGAUAUUACAGUCAUCGCAGACAACAACCUGAUUUCACAUUCUCAUUUGAAAAAGAAUCAUAUAUACUUACUAUGGAAUUAGAGAAACUAAUAAAAGGAAAUUACUCAAGUGAAAUUAAAGUCUCUGCAAGUCAAUUAUAUAAUAGACUUAAGGCAAGUUUAAAUGAUCAUCGCAUAAAAUAUCGUGGUGUUCAGUUAUUUUGGGAUAUGAUAGAAUCAUCAUUCAAUGAUAUAAACCCACAAUUUGCACAUCUUGGCAAUAUACAAAAUGCUCAAAUCGGUAAUAAUUUGAAUUAUAAUACCAAAUGGCAUGCUGAAGGUCCAGAAGUUUCAAAAAAUUGUACUCCCAUUUUUUGUUUUCCUCCUAAGCAUAAUGAGAAACCGGCUACAAACCCUUUAAAUGUACCUAUUAAUGAAAAACCAAAUUUGGAUUUUUCAGGUGGAUCUUUCUCAUCAGAAAGUGGAAAUACUCAUGAUACUGAACUCAUAAAAUUUGUUCAUGAGGGAUUGAAGACUUUAGGAAUGAAGGCUAUCAUAACAAGGAAGACAUACAGAAAUCCAGUAACAAAAAAAAUAGAUUUUUUUGAUAAUGGUGGAGUUGAUAUAAUUGCCUGGUACAGAGAAAUGGAAGUAUUCAUUCAAUGUAAAGGAUCUACUAAUCCUGUGACGAUUAAGACAAUUCAAGAGAUGGAAAAUCUCUUGUUAAAACAGGUUGGUAAAGUAGGUUGUAUAGUAUCAGAAUCAAAUAUUAAUCAAAAUAUCAUCAACAUGGUAAACUCAUCUAAACGGAAAAUUAUUCUUACUACCAAAUCAAAAGCUUACUUUGAUAUAGAAAGUUAUUAUAAUGCCAUUAAAAUGCCUAGACAAGUCCCUCUUGUGCAUAAUAAUGAAAUUGUUGUAGAAGAUAUGAGAAUUGAAGUAGUGAAAGGGGAUGAUGAUGAGGUUAAUAUGAUAAAUUAUGGACAGAUUGGAGUGAAAGGAAAAGGAAAUACAAAACUUAAUGUUAGUUGUAAAAAGAUUUGUCAAAAAUUAAUAGAUCCUACAACCCAAUUUACAAUAGGCCAAUUUAGUAUUCCAAAUAAUUUACUUAAAAAAUGA